CUCCCCCUCCUGUACCGUGCUUGACCAAUAACCCAACAAUCACCCUCCUUAUCUCUCUCUAUCUCUGUCUCUCUCUCAACAUAAACCCAUCAAAAUCUAAGCUGGGGAUUUCAAGAAAUCAAUGGAGCCCUCGAUCUGGAGUCGACUCCCCGACGACCUCCUCGACCGAAUCCUCGCCCUCCUCCCUCUAAAAACCCUCUUCGCUCUCCGACCGACCUGCAAGCGCUUCAACUCUCUCCUCUUCACCCCCUCAUUCCUCUCUCUCCUCAACUCCUCCCCGGCCUCCUCCUCUUUCCUCAUCCUCUCUCAUCCCCAGUUCUCUCACCGCUUCCUCCCUCUCUACGACUCAUCGACCGAUCACUGGCGAACGAUCCCUCUCUCCUCACCGACGACCCAUCUCCUCUCCUCCUCAUCUGGGCUCCUCUUGUUCUCUGUUGGCUACUCCUCUUUGUUGGUUUUGAAUCUGCUCACCAACUGUUCGACGGUUGUUCGAUGCCCAACUAAUCCGAUUUCUUCCGCUACGUUGAUUUCUAGCCCCUCGAGCUCGCCUCAUGGGUACAGAAUCUUCGUCCCCUGCCCCAAUACCAACUGGGUUUUCGUCUAUAGCUCGGCAAGCCAAUCUUGGUCCAGGUUCUCUGGGCUGGACUCCGUGAUGGGCCACUCCAAUUUUCGUCAAAAUGGGAUUUUGUUUCAUGGGUCGUUGUUCUUUUCCACUCCUGAGCCGUUUUCGAUUGUGGCUUUCGAUCCGGUGACCGGGGUUUGGGACCCCAGAGCUGGACCUGAGCUGCCCGCGGAGCUGGCUUUUGUUCGGCUGGUUAAUGGGAGAAUUGGGAAGGAGGAGAGGCUAUAUUUGGUUGGUGGGGUUGGGAGAGAUGGGAUUUCGAGGAGUCUUCGGAUUUGGGAGCUGGUUUCGGGGAACUGGGAGGAAGUGGGGAGGUUGCCGGAGUUGAUGUGCAGGAAGUUUGUUUCGGUUUGUUAUCAUAAUUAUUCGCAUGUUUAUUGCUUUUGGCAUGAGGGAUUGGUCUGUGUCUGUUGCACGACUUGGCCUGAGGUUUUGUUCUUCAAGGUGGGAAGAGAGACUUGGCAUUGGCUGCAGAGGUGCCCGCUGCUGCAGGAGAAGUGGAGCUGUGGAUUCCGGUGGUUCUCGUUUGUACCUGAUCUGUAUGCGCUGGUUUGAUGCUCUUCAACCUGUUAAAUUUUGUUCUGUUGUUCAUAUUGAUGUUAUUGUUAUCUUUGGUUUGUUGUUAUUGUUGAGCUUGUGUGUUUGAUAGGAUGUCAUCGCGUGAUUGUUGUAGUCUCUUCGGUAGACAUGAUCUUGCUUACGUUCCUGUUGGAUUGCUUUGUUGUGUUUUUGAGGUUUUCUGGUUGAUUGGUUAUCAUCCAUGAUUGUUGUAAUUUCUUUAAUAAAUACGGCCUUUGAUAUAUUCUUCUA